AUGGGCGUAGUAGGGCUGUGGAGCGUCUUGGAAAAGAAAAAGUUCGAGCCUGGUAUCGCGAUAGCAGACUACAGCAAGCUAAAGGUUACAUAUCACCUGGAUCUGUUCGCCUGUCUCUUUGUGCAAAUUCGGUCGGCCUUUUGCACAUACGAAGACACAGAGAAGGCGCAUGAAGCCAUCCAGCGAGCACUACUGAGGCUCUUCCCCGGUCUAAACAACAUUACCAUCUAUCUGGAUGGGCGUCAAGCCUUAGAGGAGAGGGCGACUCACCUCAAGCGUCUAAAGAUUGCCAAAGAUGCUUUGUUGAAAGCAAGAGAGUCCUACUCGUCCAUCGAGAAACACAUCGGCAGCAGGCAGGACAAGUGGCCAUCCAAACAGAAGGAGGGCCUUUCAAAAGACAAUGACUUUGACCUACGAGGGCAGGCAGGAGUUGCAACAAUUCCUAGUUUCCAAGGGUUGGAGGGUGACAUUAUUGUUUCAGGAGACAGCGACAUGUUGAUCUAUCCAACUGUGGAAACUGUCUGGAGACCCAUCUCUCGGGGCCGGUUCUUGGUCUACAAUCUUUUCGAAGUUGGCAAGUACUUGGAAAUUGGACGCUCUGGACUCACGGUGCUCGGUAUCGUGUCCAACAAUGACUACAGCAAGAAUAUCUUUGGUCUUGGAGCCAUAUCGAACCUGGCAGUAAUAAGGGACAUUCCUUGGUCUUGUAAGGAUGAAUGCCACGUCUAG